GCUGUUUCUCUUACCCCGGCCGUGCCCUCACCGCUCCCGCUCUCUCUGCCGCACCCACUGCCAGCCACCGGCCGCGGAAUUCAAACAGCGGGCCGGCCGCGCUCCUCGCCUCCUCAUUGGCUGAGCGCCGUGGCGUCAGCAGAGCGCCGGCGCCAGCGGCUGACCAACUCCAAAAUGUUACCUCAAAAUCUGUGCCAAGUUUACAAGUGUUUGUUUCUGCGUAACUUGAAACUGAAUUCAGUACGUGUGGCUGGUUUGGCCAGAAGGAUCCAUUCUUCAUCAGAAAAGCUUUCUGAUUCUGAGUCAGAGGAACAAACUGUCCUGAAAUGUGAAACUGAAGAGCUGCCUCAAAACACAGAAAACGUGAAUUCUGAAAGAUUGCACAUACCAGUGAUGCUGGAGGAGGUUGUUCAUUGUUUAUCCCCUCAGCCAGGUCAGCGUAUCCUGGAUAUGACGUUUGGAGCUGGAGGUCACACAGCAGCUCUCCUAGAGAGAGCCAGAGACAUCACUGUGUAUGCCCUGGACAGGGAUCCCACGGCUCACAGCCUGGCUCAGCAGCUUGCAGAAGCCUACCCGAAGCAGCUUCAGCCUCUCCUGGGGCGCUUCAGCCAGUCAGAGGCUUUGUUAAUCUCGUCUGGAGUUGAGCCAGGGACCCUGGACGGUGUUCUCCUGGAUGCUGGCUGUUCCUCCAUGCAGUUAGACACGCCUGAAAGAGGCUUUUCCCUGCAGAAGGAUGGGCCCUUGGACAUGAGGAUGGAUCAAGACAGGUUCCCUGCCAUGGCCACGGCUGCCGAUGUGGUGAACGCCCUGGAGCAGCGGGCGCUGGCGGCGGUGCUCAGCGCGUACGGCGAGGAGAGGCACGCCAGGAGAAUCGCCUCUGCCAUCGUGCAGGCACGCAGCAUCUACCCCAUCACCAGGACCAGGCAGCUGGCAAGCAUCGUGGCAGGUGCUUUUCCAGCAUCGGCGCUCUACGCACGGAAGGACUUGCUUCAGAGACCUGUGCAUGUUGCCACUAAAACUUUCCAAGGCCUGAGAAUAUUUGUGAAUGACGAGCUCCAUGAACUCCUGAUAGGGCUGAAGACAGCUGAGAAGUUCCUGAGGCCUGGAGGUCGCCUCGUGGCCCUGUCCUUUCAUUCCCUGGAAGAUCGAAUCAUCAAACGCUUCCUUCAUGGCAUUGAUGUGACAGAGAAGUACAACCUUGGCUCCAAGCAGAAGAUCAGACAGGCUCUGAAAAACGCUUCCAAAGGAGAGAACACACAAGGAUCUCCCUGUGGAAAAUCCAACUCCAAGUGGAUUUCUAUACAGAAAAAAGUUCUCACACCCCAGGCCAAGGAUAUUCAAACAAACCCAAGAGGAAGGUCGGCCAAGCUAAGAGCUGCUAUUAAACUCUAAACCAAAAUAUAUGAUUACAUGAUUGUAUCAUUUCCUGAAAUUCUGUUUUCCAGAAUGCUAACUGAACAGAUAUUGUCAAACUGAAAAAAUAAAAUGAAGGCUGUGAGAAAACA